CGGCUACUUCAACUACUCACUCUGGUGAUGACAUGAGGAAGGAAGACCUACAGGAGGAAGAAGAAUUAUCAAAGUUCUUUGAACAUGGAUGUGGUUGCUCAGAUAAUUGCUAUGCACUGUUCAGUCACUCUUACAUAAAAACAUAUAGAUGUGACAUACAAGCCAUGGCAAAGCCUGUUCAUAAAAUUGCUAUUAUGAGUCAAAUGGCAGCAACAUCUACCAUGGGGGGAUUGUCGACUGGCAACCACAGGAGACAGAAUGAGAGAAAGAGGCAAUUUUUUACGUUCAUGCAUCAAGGUCAUAAGGUUUGUAACUAUGAGUGACACAGCACAAAAUUAAUCGUUUUUCAACUAGAUAUGUAGAGUAACAUUUCUGAAGCUACAUGCAUGUGGCAAAAGCAGGUUUGAGGAAAUCAUGAAAAACUACAGAAUGAAUGGAUUAAUACCAAGAGUUCACGGAAAUGCUGGAAAGACACCAAACCAUGCUUUGACUUAUGAUGAUAUUCUCCGGGUUGUUGCUUUCAUCAGAAAUUACGCUGAAGUCCAUGGAAUCAGUCUUCCUGGAAGAAUACCUGGAAUGAAAAGUUACGAGAAUAAGAAGUUCUUACCAUGCAGUACAUCUAAAAGGCAGGUAUACUUAGAGUAUGCGGAAUCAUGUGAAGGGCUUUAUGUCAAAGCAUGUGCUGAAACAACAUUCAACAUGUUGUGGCGACGCUACCUGCCUUAUAUUGAAAAAAUGAAGCCUAUGUCUGACUUGUGUGCCACUUGUAAAGAGAUAAGUGGACUGAUUAUAAGAAGUGCUAACAUGCAAUCAGAUGAAAGGAUAACUGAGGCAAUGCAAAAGGCACUAGAUCACAGACGUCUUGUUAAAAAGGAAAGGGAGUACUAUAAGGAUGUAUUAAAAGAGGCACAAUUAUUGUUAAAAGGGCUGUAUACUGAUGCAGCAAACAAUUACAAUCCCCCACUAACAAGGCCACAUGCUAUGUUAAAUAUUGUAGCACAUUAUAGCUUCGAUUAUGCUCAACAGGUUCACUAUCCUUCAAGUCCACUACAAGCAGGUCCAAUUUAUUUUCUUACUCCCAGGAAAUGUGGCAUAUUUGGCGUGUGCUGUGAAGCUAUCCCUCAGCAGGUUAAUUUCUCUAUCGAUGAAUCAUUCGACACUGGUAAAGGGGCAAAUCCUGUCAUAAGCAUGGUACAUUUUUAUUUGAAGAAUCAUGGCCUCAACUCAGUCAGUAUCCAUUUCAAUGCUGACAACUGCACAGGGCAAAAUAAAAAUAAUACAGUUAUUCAAUACCUCUUAUGGAGUCAUGACAGGACUCAAUGCGUCCAUUUCAAUAUCCUUUCUGCCAGUUGGACACACAAAAUUUUCUCCAGACUGGUGCUUCGGACUAUUAAAGCAAAAAUUCCGUAA